AUGCUCGCCAACUUGGCCAAGGACGAGCGGCCGCCGAUCCAGAAAUAUGUGCUGCAGAUCCUCGGACAGUUGACGGAUAACAAAGAAGACUGUGCGCUGCUCGGCACCGUCCCCGGUUUCCUGCCAUCCCUUUUUACUGCUCAAGAGGUCCAGGCGUCUGUCUCGCUGACGUAUUCGGCGAAUCUGAUGACUGUUUGCAGCCGAAUUCAAAGCACCCUUCCUCCAAAGAGGACUGUCAUUACCGCAGCUUCCGGUGAUGAGCCUGCUAAGAGAAAUUUCCUGGCACGCCGGGGACGCCAGCUGGUCUUCGAGAUGGACGAUGCUAACGAGGAUCUUUGUGCCCGUGUGAAAGCAGAGAUUUGCGAGGUGUUCUUCGAUUGCGGCUGUGAGGUCGUGUCGCAAGUCGUCAGGAUUGAUGGUGUGGAAGAGCGUUUUGCGAUGUACGCAAGUGAGCGCGAGCAGCGCGUCGAAAAGAACGAUUACAUCAGAAAUUUGUACCAGAAGCAUCAAGAUGCGGAAAGGCUAUAUUCGGCGACGCGUGCCGCCAGGAUCCGCAGCGCCAUGUUCGGAGACUGGGAGGCCGGAUUUGCAGAAGAAAAUGGGCAAGAAAAUAUCAACGGGGAGCAACCGGCGUCACGACUUUUGCUGGUCGAACGUCUCGCUGGCGACAGCCGCCGUUUGCGAUCCGCCGUCGAAGCGCUCCUCUCGAUUCAGAUGUCGCUCGACGACAUGACGAUGCAUUCUAUACACGAUCUGAUAGCGUUGAUGAGCGACUCGGAUCCGAGCAUCGUCGUGCGCGCCGUCCAACGAGUCUACAUUCUCUGCAAGGAAAACCAGUCGACGAGCGAGAAUGCGAAUCUCGUGGCGAAAUUGGUCGAAGUGUCAAGAUCCGACAAUGUCGCCAUCAAACGCAGCGCCAUGGGCGCCUUGACGAAAAUCUCGGAAAAUCCGACUGGUCGAAUGCAUCUCUUCCGGUCCGGUGGACUGGCGGAACUCAUCCGGAUGUUGUAUUGUCCUGUGGAGGUCGUGGUUCGGUACGCCGUGGCGACUUUGCGAAAUCUUCUCCUCCACCUUGACGCCGUCAAAGAACAGGCCCGUGCCCUCGGAGCAGUACAAGCAUUGUCACCACUACUUUUGAGAACCGACCCCCGAAUGCUUGCUCACGUUGCCGACUCGUUGUAUACUCUACUGCACGAGCAUUCCCACAGCAAAACGGUUUUCCUCUCCCUCGGCGGCCCGCAGACCCUUGUCGAAUUGCUAAAUCGAUAUGAGGAUCAGCCAAAGUUGAUCUACACGGUUCUCAGGUGCAUAAAAUCGCUGAGCGUGUGCCCGCAGAACAAGGCGGCGCUGAUCUCCCUAGGCUGUCUACAGUCCCUACACCGAAUCCUCUGCCAAACAAACGACGCGAGAACGCAACUGGCGAUUCUCGUAUCGAUGCGGAACCUCAGUGAGGCUGCCACGAACGAGGAGAAUCUGUCGCAGCUGGUAAAACGCCUACUCGGCGUCGUCCGUGCCUCCGAAGACGCGCAACAUGUCGCCUGCGCGUGCGGCAUCCUGUCGAAUUUGACGUGCAACAACAUCCGGAAUAAGCAAACCGUAUGCUCGGACGGUGGCAUCGCCGCGUUGGUCGAUUGCCUCCGGCGAUUCCCCGACGUCGAAGAAGCGACAGAGCCGGCGUUGUGCGCGUUGAGGCACUGCACGGCGCGGCAUCAAUUCGCUGAACAGGCCCAGCUUGAUUUGCGUUUGUCGAACGCGUUCCCGCAGCUCAUCAUCCUGCUCUCAACCCUUCGCGCCCCGGUCGAGACGUCCUCGACCGGCAAGACCGUGGUAUCGCUGGCUAUGGAAGUCUGGAUCCUGGCCGUCAACAAAUUACGCGAGGACCCGAAUGCCGAAACGGACGGCGUCCCGAUGUGGGGCGUCGUUGAGGGGGCUGUCUCGGCCCUCCACCAGCUUGCCACCGACAAACAGGUUGCGAUGGAUUUGGUGCACCAGACCGAGGCCUUGAUACUGACCUACGAGCUGCUCAGGGACCCUUACGUCUCGCAGUCCGAUGACGAGGUUCUGGAACGAGAAUUGCUCGGCCUCCUCUACCAAAUAGCCCAAAACAGCGAUGGAGCGAGCGCGAUUGAUGAAGCCGGUUUCAUGCCGAUUCUGACUGACUGUCUACGGAGGCAACACCGCUCCGUUGCCACAUACGCGUCGGGGAUCCUGAAACGGCUCGAAUCCGAUCGCCCUCCGCAAUAUCGACAAGAACUCGACAUGGAGGCGUCAUCCGGCUGGCAGCGAGACGGCAUGGAGCCCGAGCUGUUCAGCGAGAUGUACCGCCCCGGCAGCAUGUGUAUGGAGCACGAGUUGUUACUAGAAGUGCGGCGGGACGUGCGGCUCGGCCCUCGUGGCGUGUACGGGUUGGCGGCAAGCGCCCUAGGCAAAUUGGCCGUCGUUCGAAGGGUGGAAAAGACAGCAGAUGAGCCCUCGCCAAACGGCGACGAUGUCAUCGAGCAGUACAACGUCCUUGGAAGCGGCGUUAGAACACUCGAAAUGAUCCACAGCCCAGGCCGAGGCCCAAUCGAGUGCCUCUGCUGGGUGGGCGACUUCCUCGUCGUCGGCCACUUUUCCGGCUCGGUCUCCAUCAUCAACCCACAUUCCACAGAAAUUGUUUCAAAUCAACUCUGCUCGAGCUCACUUUGCGUCGCGUCGAUGGGAGACAAGAUUGCUGUCGGUGCCAACGGGCUUAUUUUUGUUGUGGACCUGCAGGGGAAGUCACUCUACGAGAUCCAGGUGGAAAGAGCCGAUCGUCAGCUGCCGACGAUCGUUUGGGCUCUCACGUUCAGUCAGUCGUACGCUGGUCCCACGCUCGUUGCCGGCGAUUCGAGAGGCUUCAUCACAUUCUACAAUGCCAAGAACGGUGUUUUGCUCAAGGUGCUGGCUACUGGCGUUGACCCGAGAAUCACUGUAUUGGAGAAUAAGAAUGUUAACAGCUGGGAAUCCGUGUCUGUGAUCACCGGCGCCGAAGGGGACGUCAAAGCGUUGACCGUCUCCGGAACAUCGUUGUUUGUCGGUGGAAACGACAGCCUCGUCUACGAGGUGCAACACAUAUUCGCCCGGAAAAAGCAGGUUCUCGAGAAGAUGGCAAUAGACUUGACACCGAUCGUGCACACCGGCGGCUCGUUCACGGCGGUUUGUGGCUCGAAUUAUGUGGAUCUUUGGGCGUCCCAUCAAGUUUCUAGUGAAAAUGUGAAUUUAUUCGAGGAUAUUUUUGUCGCAGAGGAGCCGGUUUUGUUGGCCAGGGUGCUGGCAAAAGGAUCGCAGAUUGUCACUUGCUCAGCCCUCUCGUCCCGCGGCUCAAAACUGGCCAUUUCCACCGGGGAACGGACGCACGUCUACUCGUUGAGUGACUCGAAGACGCAGCCCAUCAAAAUUCUGCCCGUCACCUUCCCGGCCGCCACGGCCAUAGCGUUCCACGAAAACUCGAUACUCGUCUGCACCGGGGACUUCAAAUUGAUGCAAUACAUGCUGGUCGGCGCAGAUGCGGGCAAUGAAGUUUUAGUGCAAGAAAAAUGCGGAAUCGUCACUUCGAUCGUCUCCCUCGAGGGUAGCUCCACGGCCGCUCUCCUCACCUCGCGGGCUCAAAUUUUUGUCGUCGACCUCGAGAAGGGCACCUCGAGCCUCGUUCGACUGGAGGCGACGAUACCAAAGUCGAUCGUCCUCACUCGCCCCAACGUUCUUACCGUUGCCCAUCAGCCGCUCAAGUCGGACGACCGACGACUCGUCAGUCAGUUCUCCAUCGGCCAUCCGCCAAAACUCGAAGCCACAUACACACGCGGCGAGCUGAGCCCUGGGUUUGGCGGCGCAAGAUCGAUGGCGACGAACGCCUCCCAGGAUACUGUGGCUAUGGUCGAUGGACACGGGAAUAUAAUUGUCAUUAAGGAUAAAACCUUGCGCGCCGUCCAGGCCGAUAUGCCGAUGCGCGGCGACCUGUUGCUCGGCUGGAAUUUGGGAUGGCGACGGACGGCUGGUGAAAAAGCCGACGUGCUCUCGGCGGUCGGCAUCGCCAUCCCGCCGCCCAUCGGCGAUGUGUUCAAGCUGAAGAAAUAUGGCCAAAAA